GAUUAAAGAUUCUCUAACAACAUUUCGCAAGCGAGAACAUGAAAAAAAAACCAUAGCGGCAUUGUCAGAUUCAUAACUGUAAACCAACAUUAAAUUAUAAACGUUCUGAAACUGAUACAAAUACUACUAAAUUUUAAACGUUUGCGGGCACACACAAGACAAGAAAAAAGAGAAAAUUGUGUGUGUUUGUUCGAAUGGCCGCCGCAGCGGAUGCUGCAAAAUCGAACGCGUUGCUCGCGACGAACAAAGCCAAUAAUACAAAAUGCCGCGCUUGCCUCGCCGUCGGUCGCCAGACGGUCAAACUGGAUGCCAAAAUACCGGAACUGAAGACCGUGCGUACUUACGGCCAGGGAUUGCGCCAGUGCACGAAUAUAUCGUUAACCGCUCGCUCCGCCGGUGGCUACAGGUGGCCCAUGCAGAUCUGUUUGCGCUGCUGUCGCGCCCUCGAGGUGACCAUGCAUUUUGUGGAACUGACACUGGAAUCGAAUCGGAAAUUGUUUGCUGAGUCGCAAAAUCUCAAGUCGAUGACGACGACGACGAUGACGCUGACGACUGCUUCGGGUGAGCUGAAGCGCAAGGCGAGUGGCAGCAGUGAGCUGCUGCAUUGGAAUCAAUUCAGUCAGGAGUUUGAGCAAUUUGUGGAGAGUUACGAUGGGAUCACAGCGCCCAUCGAGGAGAACGUGCUGUAUAUGCGGGGUGCCAAGGUACCGCGCCUCGAUGCGGACAUGGCGCCCAACAGGCAGCCACCCGAGGAGGAUGAUGUCAUCUUAUUUGAUGUAAAGUAUGAGAGCAAUGAUCAGGAUCAGGAGGAUGAGAACGAUGGCUCCGAUGCGAAGAAUAGCGAAACCUUCUAUGACACUAGUAUUAUGAAUGAGAGCAAUCAAUCCGUCGCAGCUGGCAUUAAAAGCAGCGCCGAGAACAACAACAAUUAUAAUUUUAAUAACAAGAAUGGGGAUGUGGAGGGCGAUCUCAUCCAGCGUGCCCUCUUCAUGACACUCAACGAUGAUGCCAACAGCAGCAGCAGCCAAACAACAACGCACGAUUUACAAUCCAUUGAGUCCAUCAAAGCCACAUUAUUAAAAUCUACGGAGGAGGAGCAGCUGGCAGGGACAAGUGGCAGCGGCUUGAGGAGCAGUUUGACCAGCAAAUCAAAUCAGCCCAGCAGAGAGAUCAAUGUCCAGAUACCGUUGCUCAGCUGCAGCAUGUGUAAACAGACGCACACGGAGGCCAAACAGAUGAGAACACACUAUAUGCGUGCCCACAGCUGUGAUGUGCCCGAGGAUGAUAUCAUUGGCCUGACCAAAAAUCAAAGCUUUAAGUGUCGUCCAUGCAAUGAUUAUGUGACAAACAGUCGCACGGAUAUGCAACAGCAUCUGAUUGAGCACCACAAAAUCGAUGGGGAUUUUGAAAUGUAUUGUUAUGUGCAGCAGAAUUGUCCCGCCUGUGGGCGCAUCUUCAAGGAUCAGCGAUCGGCACGCACGCACUACACACGCAUGCACACACCACAACAGCAACAACAGCAACAACAACAGCAACAACAACAACAGCAGCAACAACAGCAGCAGAAGCAGCUUCAGCAACAAAAACCGCAACAGUUGCAGCCACAAUCUGGCAAUUCAGUUGAGCAGCAGCCGCAACAAUUUGUGUGUACCGCCUGCGAUAAGGUAUUCAAUUUAAAGGGCAGUCUGCAGGCGCAUCAACGUUUCUGCCAGGUGAAGCAGCCGAUGCACUGCACCUUCUGUAAGCAGCAGUUUAGCAGCAUGAGGAAAUACGAGUUGCACUUGCACCAGCAGCACGCUGUGGACACGUUGCACGAAUGCGAGAUAUGCCUGAAGAAUUUCAAGAAUAGCGAUUCGCUGGCAGUGCAUCGCAAGCGGCACUCGGAGCGACAUUUUCACUGUGACAAGUGUUCGCUGAACUACAUCAAUGCGGCGGAGUUGCGGGUGCACUACGAGCGUGCACAUGUCCACGAGGAGCAGGUGGUCACCUGUCGCAGCUGUGACAGCACAUUUCAGAAUUACGCCCUGCUUCGCGAACACGAACAGCGCUCGCAUCAGAAACUCAAGAUUUGGCGCUGCGACAGUUGCAGUUUCGAGACGAAAUCGCGCGCUCGACUGCGUCAACAUCAGUACGAACACAUGGACUAUCCGUACAAGUGCCAGCACUGUCCCGAGGAGUUUGCCGAUCGCGGCAAAAUCCGUCAACAUUCCAAGAAGGUGCACUCGGUGGAGUUGAGCGAUGAGGAGCUGGCGGAUAUGUUUCGGGAACGCAUCGGCUACACCAAUCGCCAUGAUGCGUUCAGCAAGAUAAGCACCUCCCUGGAGAUACCCGGUUUCAGUGAUGAUUGCUUUACGGAGCUGAAGAGUCUGGGCCUCGAUUAUGAUGAUAUAACAACCGAUCUCUUCUCGAAUUCCAGUAGUGCACUGGACACUCUGCUCGAAUUGGUACCCUGAAAAUGCAUGAAUGCAUAGAAUUUAAGUAAACCUGUUAAUGAUCACAGCUAACGAGAGCUUGAAGACUGUCCGCACCUAUCAAUCAAUCAGUUAACAAACCACAGCAUCCACAACAAACCAUUCAUUUCCUGAUUUUAAAUUGUUUUUUCGACAUACACCAACAAUCACCAACAAGAGUAUAUAUAUACACACAUAUAUCGGGCUUAUAUAGAGAUGAAUAAUUUUCUAUUGAAUAAACAACAAAAAUCAAGCGCUUGAAAAGCGCGCCCGAAAA